GUCAAUGAGCUGCGUUUAUCAAUUGCACCGAAAGCAUAUAGCAACGAGACACAGGUUGCUGCUCCACUCAGUAACGUUCAUUUGGUCAGCACAUCCAGUACACAGCUUGCUGCAAGGCGGCAACAAGAUGAGCUCACCAGGCGAAUUACGUGAGUUGCGAAACGCAUUCGAUAGGUUCUCGGUGUGGAUACUAGCGCGCAAUGCGGCCCAUACAAACACUUCCCUACGUCUUGUGCACGGGAAAAACAUUCAUCCCCAGCUGUGCAACUACAUGGUAGCACUAACUUCCGAUCGAGACGGCAGUGCACGGGAGCUCGCCCUGCUAGAAUUUCACCUCACAAAAGCACAGUUCGAAGCAGUAUCGAAAAGCGCACGACAGUACCAACUGGAGCGCGUGAUAGAUAGCUUAAAAUUACCAGCAACAUACUCGCUCCAGCACUAUCUGUACAUCGCAAACGAAGUUCCGCCGAUCGAAGCAACCCUUGGGCUUACACGGUUGACAAAUGGCGACCUUAAUCCGUUCGACUUAUCGCUGAUGCCAACCAACGCCCUGUGUCUGAUAAGUGCCGCACGUGAACAGUGUGACGCGAUAAGCAAAAACGUGUACGAAAUCACCCUUCGGAACGAUGGACAAACAGUUCGCGAACUGCUGCAGCAAAUCCCGUCCCAGGCGAAAAAGAACAAAUCGUCCGAAAAGCCACCCGUCCCAAUAACGCCGAAGCCCGUAAACGGUAUCAAGCUGGAAGAUUUAUCGUCCCAGCUAAAACCUGGCGAGCGUCAAGCACCCGAAGGCCUUUUCCUGGUACGGCAAGCGCAAUUGGAGGACAUUAGAAGGUACGUUAAAAAGGAUUGUGUCGAUCGGUUCGAAGACGUAACGCAAGCCAUCCGGUUCCUGGUGAGUGAAAGUGUUCCGUUCGAAGGCACGACCUUCCCGGAUCAUCAAACCGUGCACGAGGUAGCUUACGUGCAGGACUACGGGAUGGUGUUUUGGUUGCGCAGCCGAGGACCGGCCAAGUCCUCGGUUGGGAAACAUUUUACCGUCAGCUGCUGGAACGAGUACGAUGCGGUACCACCGGCACCGGGCUGGCUGAACGUGCUGGUGUCGAAUGAAACGGACGGGAGCACUACCCAUCUGCAACGGCACGCCGAAAGCGUGAAGCGCCAUAAUCCCUUCAAAUUGAUCGUUCUACUACAGGCAGCUGACGUGAUGAAAGUUCUACAACAGCCCGAUGAAGCGGUACUCGAUAAGCUGUGCUCCUUGUUUGGUGUACAGAGCGAUGAGGAACGGGCCAUGGUAGCUACCACCGUCCAGCUGGAACUCCUCAUCGAUCACGCAAUCGCGGACAAUGGUUCGGACAUGAUGGCGCAAACCUUGGUUAACUUUUUGAAUUCGAUAGACGAGAGCAUAAGCCAGCGGAUGACCGUGUGGAUCGUUGGAGAUGAUCUGCUGUGGACGUGUGUCGCAACCACCUGUGCGCAUUCGGCCAUAAAGCACGUCAUCCCAACGCUGGAAGAAGAUCAAUGGAAAGCAUGUUUGUCCCAGAUGCUAACGAAACAGAACAGCGAUGCGGUGGAAUCGAUCGCGGAGCGUAUCGUUGCAAGCAACAGUCGAAGCGUGGGACCUGAUCAUUACGGCAACCUGUUUGUACUUAGCGCCCUGUCGGAAAGUGUGAAUGAGGAACCCACCUCAUCGUGCUGGUGGAUCGAUGCAAUGGAACGGUAUGUGUGGAGACACAUUGCACCACGAGACAGUAAGGAAUUGGAUGAUCUUGAGCAGCUUUGCUACGAGCGUAUGUUCGAUGACUCAACGGAUCCUACGCAACACUGUUCCUCGCGCAGCCCUAUAAUGCAUCGAACGCUGCAAACGCUGCUGGCAGCAACAUAUCUCACCAAGCAUCCACAGUUGAUCGACAUUGAAAAGUACCGACGACUCGGGUGGAAGAAUUUAAUCGAUCUUCUACCAUUCCGACACAGCUCGGUAGCGAGAGCGGUGCUCCACCAUGAUCUGGACGCGGUGCGAGAAAGCGCCCCGGAAGCGUUAACCUCAAUCGCCGACUGCUGGCAGCGAAAUCUGCUCCAUGUGGUGCACAAUGCAAAGGAAAUUGGAGAUGCGCUACUAGCGGCCGACGUUCCCUUCGACCAGCCGUGUGCUGCGCAGCUAAACAGCUGGACACCGAUCCUGAUGGCCGUAGAUCGUAGCGAUUGGCCGCUCGUUGACAGUCUGCUAGCGCAAGGAGCUAACCUGUCGAACCAGGACUCGAAACUUCACACCAUGCCGCAGUCGGAACUCGCGCAGGUGGUCUGCGACUGUAUCGCCGAACACUGUCCGGCACUAAUCGAGUGGAUUUUAGACCAGCGGCCCGAUUACCGAAUCAACCAGCAGACCAUCUACACCGUAUCGGUGUUCGAAGAGCAGUUCCACGAUCGUGAGCUUGUCUUUCGUCUGCUGACCCUGGCGCAGGAGCAAGGUUUGCCCGCCAGAGAACCACCGUACCGGUACAUCUUCGACAACACCGCGCUGGACAAUGCCGUCGAGGAUGAUCGUAUCGAGAUGGCCAUAUUUCUUGUGGAACGACUUCACUUUGAACCGACGGAAGCUUUCCAAGCACUGAGAGCUCGGUAUCAGCAAAACUCGCAGCUGAAGGACUACAAACGGAUGUUUGAGCUUUGCAGGGAAGGUGAGCUGGAGAAGGUAAAGCGUAUGAUUGAGGAGCACGGGCUCGAUCCACAGUGCCAGUACGAUGGUAGUAAUCUGCUCAUUCAAGCUGCCGCGAGCGGGAAUGUGGCGCUGGUUCAGUAUCUGUAUGAAACGUGCGGUGGUUUCGAGGCUCGGUUGGAUGAAUGUGACGAGCACGGAUGUAGCGCACUGUCGGAAGCGCUCGUCGGAGAUCAUCAGCCGAUCGUACAGUGGUUACUCGCUCGGAAUGCCACUGUAAACCCUGAGUGGAUUAAGCAAUACCCCGGCAAGCUACCGGAUGAAGGAGUCGAGGUGGAUGUCGAGGAUUUCCUAUCGCUCGUAGCGUGUGAUCGAGCCAAGCUGGAACGAUUGGCGAUCGAUUACGGUCGGUACGAGUCGGGUGAGCUUUUGCUCCAUUGCUACAUCCGAUACGUGGACGAACCGGACGACGAGACGUUCCGCUUCUUGCUUUCCCAGUACGACAAUGUGGAUGUACGCACGGACGGGGACGGAGAAACGCCACUCCAUAUCGCGUUGCAGAGUGGUAACAAGCGGUGCCGGGAAAUGCUGCUAGCGGCGGGCGCGGAUAUCUAUGCGAAAUCGCUCAAGCAUGGCCUAACGUCCCUGCACUACGCCAUCAUGGGCGGUGCCGACCGACCGUUCCUUACGCGACUGAUCGACGGGGACGGGUUUGAUGUAAACGUGCGCGAUGAACGGGGCCGUACGAUCAGCUUCUAUAUGUCGCUAAACACCGACCUGUACUGCUGGUUGAUCGAUCAGCACCAAUUUGAUCCCUGUGCGCGUGAUAACGAGGGCCGAUCGUUGCUUCACCAUCGGGUAAUUAGGAACAGCUUUUUUGCUCGUACGGAAAUUGAAUAUCUGCUUAAGAUGCCUCAAUUUUCCCCAUCACAAACCGACCGUCGCGGCCGGCUACCGUUACACUAUGCGGUGGAGAUGGACAAUCUAACAAUCGUACAACUGUUGCUAAAAUACCGCCCGGAUCUGUGCGGCAUACCGGACGGCGAUGGUGUGACACCGAUGCAGCUGGCCCGCAAUUUAAACCAUUCAACAGUUUUCGAAUUUUUGGCGCGAAGCUCGGCGGACGCAAACUAGUGAUGUGCAAACUGAAUCAGAAUGAGUAAAUGACUUAAGUCUUAGCAAUGAAUUAGAUGAUUUAAAUCAUCACGAAGAGUUAAAUCAUUAUUUAAGAAUAAACUGAGUGAGUAUAAGAUGUAACACUAUUAUCACUCAUUCACUCUGAUUUAAUGCACGCUACUGAGUGGUUAUUCCCAUCACUAACGCAAACGGCAAAGGUAGGUAGAUAGUGUGUGUGUGUGUGUAGGAUGCUUGCUAUAUAUAUUGCAGGAUAAAAUUUAUUGUACAAAAAUAUAUUAUUCCCAUAUAUGCUCGUUA